AUUUAUAUCCAUCCAAAACCCCUCACUAACACUUACAAUCCCAUCAUUUUCCUCAAUGCCUGUUCACGCGCUUCCAUUUUCAAAGGACUCUCCGCCGCCCAAACCCAAGGAGGCUCAUUUCCGGGGUGUCCGCAAGCGUCCCUGGGGCCGCUUUGCCGCUGAGAUCCGUGACCCCUGGAAAAAGACCCGAAAGUGGCUCGGCACCUUUGACACUGCCGAGGAAGCCGCCAGGGCUUAUGACGCCGCCGCCAGAACACUCCGUGGGCCCAAGGCCAAGACCAACUUCUCCUACAUCCUUGCUCCCGCUUUCCACCUCCCUCCCCCGGUGCUCACUACUCCCGAAGCCCAUGCCCUGGCCCAAGCCCAAGCCCAGGAACAACUCGCCAGACAGGUCGAGUUCUGUGGCCCACCGUUUUUCUUUGCAACUGAUGUAGCUUCCACCGCGCCGGUGAGGUCGGAGUACAAGGGUUACAAGUUAGAGAAUAUCGCGGGUUUUGUGGUGAGUAAGGAGGAGCAGAAAGAGAAAAAUAAGCCCUUCUUAUUUGACCUUAACCUGCCGGCGCCGCUCUUCUGAAGCCGCCGGCGGAGAAUGACGGCGCCGGGGGCUUAGUGUUUCUAUCUUAAAUGUCUUUGAAUUUGUCUAUAUGACUUGUUUUGAGGGGGAAUUUUAGGUGCUACUCCGCCCUUGUUUUGAUGUACAGUUUAGUUUAUUAUAGGUUUUGAGCAGCAAGCAUUUUGGUUAUUACGGUGGCAUAGGUUUAAAGUUCAUUUAACGUUGUUUUUGUUUGUCGUUUGUUUCUUCCUUGGAUUCUCACUGAAUCUAUGUUAAUACGUACAGCUGCAUAUGCAGUUCGAGGUUAUAUAUUACUAUAUGAUAUCCAACUCUAAAGUCUAAA